UGGCCAAGCCAUAGUCAACUCGUGAAGAUCGCCUGAAGAUCAACGGAAUACUAAUAAAAAUCGCGUGUGAGGAAGAGUUCAGAAAAAAUUGAGUCUGAGUGAUAAUGACAAGCUAUACUGACAAAGGAACCAAACCAGAAGCCGGCACAUUCUUAAGCUUUGAUCAUCUAACGUUUUACGUUGGUAACGCCAAGCAGGCGGCCAGUUAUUAUACCACCCGUUUGGGCUUUGAACCACUUGGCUACCAGGGAUUGGAGACCGGAGAGCGACGCUAUGCAAAGCAUGCGGUGCGACAGAAUAAGAUUGUCUUUGUGUUCGUCUCGGCGUACACGACCGAUGACAAGGACCAUGGCUUGCACCUGAUGCAACACGGUGAUGGUGUCAAGGAUGUGGCCUUCGAAGUGGAGGACUUGAAUGCAAUCUUUAAUUUGGCAGUAUCGCGUGGAGCCGAAGUCGUGCGCAACAUCUGGGAGGAAAAGGAUGAGCAUGGCGUUGUGAGAUUCGCCACCAUUAAGACGUACGGUGAUACAACGCACACUUUUGUGGAGCGUAAUGGUUACAAGGGUGACUUCUUACCUGGUUAUCAGCAAAGUGCCCAGGAUGUGUUGCUGAAGAGUUUGCCACCAGCUAAGCUGAACUUCAUUGAUCAUGUGGUGGGCAAUCAACCCGAUUUGGAAAUGGAGAGUGUUGCCGCUUGGUACGAACGCAUUUUGCAAUUCCAUCGCUUCUGGUCUGUGGAUGAUUCGCAGAUCCAUACGGAGUACUCGGCGCUGCGCUCCAUUGUGAUGGCCAACUACGAGGAGACGGUUAAGAUGCCUAUUAAUGAGCCAGCCAAUGGCAAAAAGAAGUCGCAGAUCCAAGAGUAUGUCGACUAUUAUGGCGGUGCUGGUGUUCAGCAUAUUGCUUUGAACACUGAUGAUAUUAUUGGGGCUGUUACCAACUUGAGAGCUCGUGGAACUGAGUUCUUGACAAUUCCACCAUCGUACUACGAUAUUCUGCAGGAACAGUUGUCGCACAGUCGUACUAAUAUCAAGGAAGACAUGGAGAUAUUAAAGAAACUUAACAUUCUGGUUGAUUUCGAUGAGAAUGGUUACCUGUUGCAGAUCUUCACGAAGAACACGCAGGACAGACCAACACUCUUCCUGGAGGUUAUUCAGCGUUUCAAUCAUAAUGGUUUUGGCGCCGGCAACUUCAAGUCGCUGUUCACAGCCAUCGAGAUCGAGCAGGAAAAACGCGGCAAUUUGUAAAUAACAUAAUUUCAUGUAUAAAUUAUGCGAACUUUUUGCAAUAAAAUAUCUAUGCAAUUUAA